GGGCGGCAUGGGCGGUUGCGCCAGGCAAGUCUUCCUCCCCGAGGUAGACCUCCGUUAGCCCCCAGACCUCUCGCAGGCUCCCGCCUGUAGAAAUGCUGGACAUCUUCCGCGGGCUCAAGAACCUCAUCAAGGUCAGCCACGUGCACAUCGAUUCCACCGUCUUCCGGCUUCACUAUUCCAUCACCGUCAUGAUGCUGCUCGCCUUCAGCUUGAUCGUCACCACUCGCCAGUACGUGGGGAAUCCCAUCGACUGCAUCCACAACAAGGACAUCCCCGAGGAUGUGAUCAAUACCUAUUGUUGGAUCCAUUCCACUUACACCAUCCCCGAUGCUCACGGUCUCAAAGUCCCGGACUUUGUACCGCAUCCAGGAGUGGCUCAGAGCAAACGGAACGGCGAGGAAUUGCAAAGGAAGUACGUCAAGUACUACCAGUGGGUGUGCUUCUGCCUGUUCUUCCAGGCGAUUCUCUUCUACAUCCCGCGCUGGCUGUGGAAGAACUGGGAGGCGGGGAAGAUCCAAGCCCUGAUGAUGGACUUGGACGUGGGCAUCUGCUCGGAGGUGGAAAAGAAGCAGAAGAAGAAACUCCUCCUCGACUACCUGAGCGAGAACAUCCGCCACCACAACUGGUGGGCGUACAGAUACUUCUUCUGCGAGCUCCUCGCCUUCUCCAACAUCGUGGGGCAGAUGUUCCUGAUGAACAAGUUCUUCGAUGGCCUCUUCCUCACGUACGGUCUGGACGUGAUCACAUUCACCGAGUGGGACCAGGAGGACCGAGUAGACCCGAUGAUUUACGUGUUCCCCCGAAUGACCAAGUGCACGUUCCACAUUCCGCGGAUGCGGGCGUACCUGCUGUCGCUCCGCUUCCGCGUCGUCAACAAGGAGGUGAUCAACACCAUCGUCCGACGCUCCAAGAUGGGUGACUGGUUCCUCUUCUACAUGCUCGGACAGAACAUAGACACGUUGAUCUUCAAGGACAUGUAUGACGUUCUCAAGGGCCUGGGAUCUCUCGUCCGAAUCAAGCAUUAUCGGACAGACUCCACCAUUUUCCAACUCCAUUAUUUUAUGACUGUGAUUCUGCUGGUGGCUUUCAGUAUCCUGGUGACAUGCCGACAAUACGUUGGCAGCCCCAUUCAUUGCAACAAACCCGAGAACGUCGACUCGGAUGUGCUCAACACGUUUUGUUGGAUUCAGUCGACUUUCACCUUCCCCCAUGCCCACAGUAUGAAGCCGGACGAAGUGCCCCAUCCUGGCAUCAUCUCGAAUUUCAAAGACGGACAGUACGAGAAGAAGUAUGUUAAGUACUAUCAGUGGGUGUGCUUCACUCUCUUCGCUCAGGCGAUUCUGUUCUACAUUCCCCGGUACCUGUGGAAGACAUGGGAAGGAGGGAAGGUGGAGGCCCUCAGCGCUGGCCUCGAUCUUUGCCUCGCCCCUGACUCCGAGGAGAAGAAGAACCAUCUCGUGGAUUAUCUGGAUCGGAACAUGGGGAAUCACAAUUGGUACUGCAUCAAGUACUUCAUCUGCGAACUCCUCUCCCUCGUCAAUCUCGUCGGACAAUUGUUCUUCCUCGACCGAUUCUUCCAAGGCUUGUUCUUCAGUUAUGGCCUGGAAGUGAUCUCGUACAUACAACUCGUACAAGCUGAUCAAGAUAAUAGAGCCGACCCGCUGAUCUACGUCUUUCCAAGGAUGACGAAAUGCGAAUUCCAUUACUUCGGUCCCUCGGGAGGGAAAAUGUAUUUCGAUGCCAUCUGCAUCCUUCCGCUCAAUAUUAUCAACGAGAAGGUCUACAUCUUCCUCUGGUUCUGGUUUUUCUUCUUGUUGGGGGCGACCUUACUUCUCGGAGUCUACCGACUCUUCAUCGUUUUCAGCCCUCGGUUUCGACAUUACCUUUUCAAGAAUCGGUUUCCUCACGUGCAGCCUCAGGCGGCGCUGGACACUGUUCUCCAGUCCUCCUACCUCGGGGACUGGUUUCUCCUCUACCUCCUUGGCCAAAACAUCAACAAUCGGGAUUUCGGGGAUGUGCUGCGGAAUCUGGCCGAGAUCCUCGGCUCUCCCUCUAUUCACCCCACUGCUCCUCUUGAUUCCAAGGACCGACGAACGGAUUGACACAUCCUUCCGCGCCUUCUCCCUCAUCCCCUUCCAGAACCAAGUCUGUGUCUUUCCUUCCCGUAGUAUUAGUGGUAUUUUGUGUGAUGGUUGAUACGAAUUAAUCGUAAGACUUAACCCCUCGUGUGCUGACAUCGAAUGCGUUUGGAAGUUUUGGAGUAGUGUAUGCGAUUCAGUGGACGGCUUCUGUCAGGAUAAAGGCUUCGCGAGAGUGUGGCACAAUAAGAGGGCGAAGUCGAAUGGUAUAAGGCCUAGUCACUCAUUCAGACUUGAUCAACCAGCAAUAUUCUUCCAUGUUAUGCCUUCCAUGUUAUGCCUUCCAUGUUAUCGCUACCAGUGAGUUCUCAAUGAUAUUCAGCCUUAGUCGUUUUCCACCGUAG